GCGCCCCCUCGCUCCCCAUGGACCUCUCCUCCCAGUACCAGCGCCGCUUCGCGCCGUCGCUAUUCCUCCCGCCGAUGGCGCCGCCCCGAGGCCUGGCGUCCGGCUCCGGCUUCUCGGCUUUCAGCAACUACCAGGGACCGCCGGCGCUCUCCCCCGCCGCGGCCGGCGGAUCGCAUCUCGCUCGGUCGCUCCCAAAGGCGCCGUUUUUCUCCGCGGACUCGCUGGCUGCGCUCCCGUACGCCGCCGAUCCGGCCGCGGGCGCGGCGGUCCAACGUUCCCCGCCGUCGCUGGGCUCCGAGCAGCAGGGGCCGUCCGUGUCCGGCCUGCCGCCGCGUGGGGCGGGGCACCGGCGGUCCCGUAGCGAUUUCGUCGUCGGGUUCUCGCUCCAGAACCAGCUGCCCCUGCCGGUGCUGCCCGCGGCCGAGGGGUACAGCAAGUCGGCGGACGCCGCCGCCCUCGAGGAGCUCUUCCGCUCCUACAGGGAUCCGAAGGCCUUGGGCGUGCUCGGCUCCUCCGGGGAUGGCCCCAAUGACAGGAACAGCCACCUGGGCAACCAAGUCAACAGCCAGCGAGCGUGGAGCCCCGCUGACAGCAGCGACAACGAGGCCGAGAGCUGGGCUACUGGUAGCGGUGGUGGCGGCGGCGGCAGCACUAGCCAACGUCGGCAUUGCCGCAGCUUGUCGGUGGACAGCAUCAUGGGAAACCUCAACUUUGGAGCCCUGGGGCAGGUGUCGCCGACACUGCCGCCGCCGUCUCCGGUGUCAGGCCCCGGCGGCAGCGGCUCCCACACUGGAAGCGGACCCUCUGGAAGUGCCGCUGCAGUCGCUACUUCUGAGCUUGCUAAUGGAGAAUUCACCGAGUCUGAGAUGAAGAAGAUCAUGGCCAACGAUCGCCUCGCUGAGAUCGCGCUAGCUGAUCCUAAGAGGGUCAAGAGGAUUCUUGCUAAUCGGAUCUCUGCUGCAAAGUCGAAGGAGCGCAAGGUGAAGUACAUGGGUGAGCUUGAGCGUAGGGUUCAUGUGCUGCAGAUGGAGACCAGUACAUUAUUUUCAAAAGCAAAUUUCUCGCAGAGGGAAUGUGAAGUACUUAAAACUCAGAACAACGAGAUGAAGAUCAGGCUGCAAGCACUGGAGCAGCAAGCACUGCUGAAAGAUGCUCUGAAUCAAGCACUGAGUGCUGAAGUACACCGCCUGAAACUAGCUGCUGGAGAGACCAGUGAUGCUCAUGCGCCGAACGAUUCACACCAUCAUAUGAGCCGCCAGAUUCUUGAACAGCAGCUGCUUCAACUACAGAAGCAGCCAUCAGAGGCCCAGAAGGCUCAGCAGUAGAAUCACAGGAAUCAGAGCAGUUCAAGUCUCAUCCGAAGCAGUGGAACCAUUAGGACGAUUCACCGAAGACGUUGUUGAAGGUCAAAUUCAGACUGCAGAUUCAUGAAGGGAUACUUUCCCUGAUAUUCUUUCGCUUAGGUUCUAGGACAACUGUUGUUGGAUAUUCCGUCUUUCGUGGUUUCUUGCGAAGCAAUUUGGUUGGAUGGUGGUAAAGCCUGGGUGGAUUCUGUGUUGUACAAACUGCCAAUCUCUGUAACUUUGUGCUAGAAUUAUCAAGAUUCUUUUUAGGUACAUUUGUGCUGCGUGUCAAAUCGGUUUGUUUGGGGGGCAACAUCUAGG